GAGAGAGAGAGAGAGAUAUGGGGAAAAGGAAAAUUCCAAUUGAAAAAAUCGCAAAUAAAUCGUCUCUUUUAGUUUCUUUCUCCAAACGACGACAGGGGCUUUUCAAGAAAGCUUCUGACCUCUGCUCCCUCACCGGCGCCCACAUCGGCAUUCUCGUUUUCUCUCCCGCUGGUAAACCCUUCACCUUCGGCCAUCCAUCCUUCGAUUCCAUCAUCGAUCGGUACGUCGGACAAUGCAGCAGCAGCAACAGCAACAUUCCGUCACCUUCUUCUUCCUCAGCCGAUGGAUCAUCCCAGUCAGUCGUCCAUCUCGACAAUCUGAAUCAGCGACUUUUCAACGUUCAGAAUCAACUGGACGAAACGAUGGAGAAGAAUGGUCUACUGAAAGGAGGAAAUCCUAGCCGUGGAUGGUGGGAUUUGGAUAUGGAAGGUCUUGAUGUGGGCCAGCUAGAGAUGUAUUUGUCGGAAUUGGAGAAACUCAGGGAGGUUGUUGCGUCACGUGCGACGCAGGCUUCUUCAUGUGAUGAGGGUUUGGAGAAGAAGGAGGUUGGGUUUUGGAAUGUAGAUUCACAUGACACGAAGGUUUUUUCGAGCAAGCAGUGUUUAGAAGAGGAAGUUGGGUUCUGGAAUAAGCUGUGUUGGGAAGAUGAGGUUGGGUUUUUACCUAAGUUGUGUGUUGAAGAGGAGGCUGGGUUUUCUGGUGCCCAGAAAAUCAUUCGGAUCGGAGAUGAAGAUUUUUUGGUGUAAUGCAUGCGAUGGCAAUUUUCUUCUUCUUCUUUAUUUUUUAUUUUUUAAUUUCAUUACAUUGAUUUAUUCUUUUAUUAUUACUGUGAAUAUUCAAUAAAAUGCUCUCGAAAAGUUCAAAUCGAUUCUCCUUUCAUCUAAUGAAUUUGUAAUAUGGACGGACUGGAUUUUAUCAGAAACAUCACAGUGGGCCCCACGUUGCA